AAUUAAAAACAUAAUGCUGGCCAUUACUGGGGAUAGUGAUGAGUUUGGGACCAUCUUUAUUAGUCUGUUGGUACCCGAAUGAAAAUGUCUUAUAGGUGGCAGAAUAAGUAGAAGAGAAAUGAUAAAGGGCACUCUGGGAGGAUUGACAACAAGAGAAAGUGAAAUGAAAGGAAAUUCAGAGGAACAAUUGCUUAAAGAAAAUGAAAACCAAAAAUGAGUAGAGGAUGGUGUCAUAGCAUUUAAAGGAGAGCAGCUAGAAGAAAUAGCUCGGUUUGAACCUGCCUUUUGGACUUGUACUGAACCAUUAAGCCAUCCCCCCAGCGCCUGAGUCGGAAUUCUCCAGAUCCAGUGUUGGCCCGCACUACCGUCCAACCCGGCAAGCAGGGUGGUGAGAGGACUCGUAGGGAACUAAAUACCUUCAUUCGAAGGGUCUGUUUUCUUUUUAUUGUUUUUGUUUUUUAACGAGACACCUGCUCAGCUCUGGCUUAUGGUGGUGCGUGGGACUGAACCUGGGACUUUGGAGCCUCAGACAUGAGAGACUGCAUAACUACUAUGCUAUCUACUCCCUUCCCAAAUAUUUAUUUUAGAUAGAAAAAUUGAAAGGGAAGGGAGAGAUAUAGGGAGAUAUAAAGAGCCCCGGGUACCCCAUGAAUGUCCCCCCAAAUCAAAGCCUCCUUCCCUAAUUGCCACUGCACAAGUCAGUGCCUAGGGGCCCGGCCCCCUGCCCACAGGAACCCCAGGUCCUCCGGGUCUGGUUGUGGGUUUGCAGCCUUGCAGACUGCCCUGACCCGUCCUCCUCACUGAAUCCCAAGUCGCUAGUUCGUAUCACCCUCCUCUUUCCGUGAAGUGGUAACUUUGCAAGCAUUAUCUCCCCGCACAAACAGAACCCUCUGAGGAGCGCGGAACCAAAGUCUCGCGCAUGGGCCAGGGGCACCGGGGUUGAAUUUUUGAACGCUGUCGCCCGCGCAGAGCCUCCUGGGAAAUGUAGUAUCUGCGCUUAAAGUCGCUGGCCUGGGGACUGUCUUCGUAGGCUAGGCGCACAGUGCUGUCUCCUCGCUCUUCCGGGUGGGAAUGCGUGGUUCCCACGGCAACGCGCAGGCGCUCUAGGGCCGUGGGCACAGCCGCUUGAUCAUUGUGUUGGGCGGGCGAUAUGGGGACUGCGGGUUGCGGCCGCCGCGGGCAGAGGCUGCUCGGAAGGCGAUGCAGCGGUGAUCAGGGUUGUGGAGGUUUCUUACUUGAGGAAUCUGGCUCACCCCAUUGAUUAAAGGGCCCAUCAGAGUAGAAGGAAUGGCCUUCAGGUGCCUGCCCAGCAUAGUCCAGGAGCCAGUGACUUUCAGGGUCGUGGCUGUGCUCUUCACCUGGGAGGAGUGGGCCUGGCUGCAGCCAGCACAGAGGGCCUUGUACCGAGAUGUGAUGCUGGAGAACUAUAGCAAUGUGGCCUCACUGGGACUCCUGGGACCCAGAUCAGAUGUGCUUUCUCAGUCAGACAGCAGGGCAGGACACCUGUGGAAGGACACCUCCGGAGACUCCUGUCUUGACUGGAUGAUUAUGCUUGUGAGUAAGAUGUCAACUUUUAAAGCAGAUAUAUCUGAAGCAGAAUUGGAUCAGGUGGCAGUGAAAGGAAGAUUCACUAGCAGUGGUCACUGGAAAUGUGACAGCCUGUUGGGAUUGCUUCAAGGAAACCAGGAGAUAAAGUUGGAGCAAGAAGUAGUUGCUCACCAGAAAGCCUCACCUAAGGUUAGUGAGCAGGAGGGUGUUGAAUCUGGGAAGGACUGCAUUAUCAGAUCAUCUUUUGCCCAUAGUCAGGCACUUCAGUCUAGCAAAAAUACCCUUGAAUGUGAUAUGUGUGGGAAGGUCUUCUCAAAGAGUUCAACUCUUAAUAAACAUCAGAAAAUUCAUACUGAAAAACUUAACGCAAAUCAGAAAACUAAUAUUAAGGAAAAGCGAUAUGAAUGUAGAGAAUGUGGGAAAGCUUUUCACCAGAGCACACACCUUAUCCAUCACCAAAGAAUUCACACUGGAGAGAAACCAUAUGAAUGUAAGGAAUGUGGCAAGGCCUUCUCAGUGAGCUCUUCAUUGACUUACCAUCAGAAAAUUCAUACUGGAGAGAAACCUUUCGAAUGCAACUUAUGUGGAAAAGCUUUUAUCCGAAACAUCCACCUUGCCCACCAUCAUCGAAUACAUACUGGAGAAAAGCCUUUUAAGUGUAAUGUAUGUGACAAGGCCUUUGUGUGCCGGGCACAUCUUACCAAACACCAGAAUAUCCACACUGGAGAGAAACCAUAUAAAUGUAAUGAAUGUGGAAAAGCCUUCAAUCAGAGUACAAGUUUUCUUCAGCAUCAGAGGAUCCACACAGGAGAGAAACCCUUUGAAUGUAAUGAAUGUGGAAAGGCCUUCAGGGUAAAUUCUUCCCUUACUGAGCAUCAAAGAAUUCAUACUGGAGAGAAACCUUAUAAAUGUAGUGAAUGUGCAAAAGCCUUUAGAGAUAAUUCAUCCUUUGCUCGGCAUCGGAAAAUUCAUACUGGAGAGAAGCCCUACAGAUGUGGUUUGUGUGAAAAAGCUUUCAGAGACCAGUCAGCCCUAGCCCAACAUCAAAGGAUUCAUACUGGAGAAAAACCCUACACAUGUAAUAUAUGUGAAAAAGCCUUCGGUGACCAUUCAGCCCUUACUCAGCAUAAGAGAAUUCAUACGAGAGAAAAACCAUACAAAUGUAAAGUCUGCGAGAAAGCCUUUAUCCGAAGCACACACCUUACUCAACACCAGAGGAUACACACAGGAGAGAAGCCCUACAAAUGUAAUAUAUGUGAGAAAGCUUUCAACCAGACUGCAAACCUCAUUCAGCAUCAGAGGCAUCAUGUUGGAGAAAAGUAGGAAUUGCAGUUUACAAAGAAAAGCCUUGAGACUGGACAUAUUGAUCAUUGAAUGUAGAGAAUCCAUUCUAGUGGGCCCCAAGGUAAGCAUUUUGUCUACUAAAAGUCAGGCUUCACAGCAUGGUGUGUUUUGAAAAUUUAAGAAUGAUGAAACAUACUUUUGUAGUCCAAGACUGUUUCCAUUAAAUAGCAGUAGCAUUUAAUGAGUCUGAAUUACCAAAUACCAGAACCAAAAUGAAACUUCAUAAAAAAAAUUUAAAAAUACAAAAAUUGUUUUACCAAAUUUACAUUUUAACAAGAUAUAUAGUAAAAUUUAUGAAAGUAUUGUGAAACACAAAAACAAAAAUGAGAACCCUAGGUUCUCUUAUAUGAUAACCCACCUUCAGUAGGAAUCCUUAGUUCUCUCCUUACUACCCAGUGUAAAGAAAGUGCAAUCACCUAUCAUCACCUUGGACUUAGUGCUUCCAACUUUCUUCUGCAAAGCAUCUUUUGCUAGCUCUUCCUGAUCCUUUAUGUUCACUGCCUUCUUCAUUUCAUUCAUAAUCUGGGACACUUCAUUUGAAGACAUGUCUGUCUUUUGAUUCAUCAUCUUUUAUUAGCAACAUUGUGACACUUACUGUCACCCCAUGGUAAGACCUCAUACACAGUUAAUACUCCCAAAUAUUGCACAUACACACCCAGCUUUCAGAAUGUGCAAUCAAAAUUUCUCAUUUUACUUAGUACCUCUGGGCAUCAGCUUGACUUCGACUCUGGGCUGACAUGUGAAACAUUGACUUCAUCUAUGUACACAGUUGUUCUGCACUACAGAUGUUUUUCACACUGUAGGAAAGGGAAAAUUCAACUUAGGUUGUGAUGAUCCCAAUCAUGUAGUGGUAUAGACCUCAGCCCCAUAAUGUGUCAUUCCUAAGGUACAACUGUCAUGAGAUGUUGCAAUCUCAAGUUCAAUUCUCAGAUGUUUCCAGUUCACCCUUCUUGUCUUUUCUAUGUCCUCUGCAUUAGAGUGAGUUUGUUCCUUUCAGAAUAUUGAUCUGCAUUCUUUGUCAUGUUUUUGUUCAAUUUUCUGAAACAAUGAUCUGUGGAAAGUAGCAAGCUUUGAGUUACUACUUUUUUUUUUUUGCCUCCAGGGUUAUUGCUGGGGCUCGGUGCCUGAACCACAAAUUCACUGCUCCUAGAGGCUGUUUUUUCCCCUUUUGUUGCCCUUAUUGUUUAUUGUUGUUGUGGUUAUUAUUGUUUUUAUUGCUAUCAUUGCUGGAUAGGACAGAGAGGGGAGAGAAAGACAGACAUCUGCAGACCUGCUUCACUGCUUGUGAAGCAACUCCCCUGCAAGUGGGGAACCAGGGGCUCAAGCCAGGAUCCUUAUGCAGGUCUUUGUGCUUCACAUGUGCACUUAACCCACUGCGCUACCGCCCAGCCCCCUGAGUUAUUACUUUUAAAAAAGUUACUUAUGUUAAUGAGCACUGCUCAGCCUUGGCUUAUGGUGGUGCUGGAGAUUGAACCUGAGACCUUAGAGCCUCAGGCAUGGAAGUCUUUUGCAUAACUAUUAUGCUAUCUAAUUCCCUGAAUUAGUAUUUUUAUACAGUUGUGACCAUUUCCUCUCCUCCUCUGGGGUAUUUCACCACUUUUUGGUUAUGCCAUUCUGACAGUGGUGGUCAUACAACAUGAAGCAAUUCCAUAGGUCAAGAAGUGAACUAUAGCAUUCUCUAGCAGAGGCAGUGCCCAUGCCCCAAAAUGUGAGUGAUGCUGGGUCACCCUGAAAGUACAGUUCCUUUCCCAUCUUUAAUCCCUCAGUGAGUUCAGAUGAAAUUACCAUCUUUGUGGCUACACACACCUCUGGUGGCACUUGCCCUUCUUCUACUUCAAAGAACAGGAGCCUAGCACUGCUGCAGACUGCAGCACACCAUAACAGACAGAUGGAAUAGCAAGUAAACUACUUGGAAUCUGAUCUGUGGAAGUGUUCAUUUAGUUGGAUGACCUGCUGGCCUCUACAAAUCCUAUACCUCAGCUCCUAGUUACAGAAGAUGGAAUGUAUCAAUAUGGGAUUGCUGGACUCCAGGACACAGGCUUGGAACUUCCAGCAACUUUCAGGCCCACAUUCUCCAGAUUUAACUUCCAUCCAGUAAAGGUCAUUUGUAUGGGGUGGUAUCUAAUAUGAGGUGAUCAGUGACUGACUGUUUCUCACCCUACUACACUGCAAGUGGAGUGGCCUUUAAGGAGGUCACUUGAGACCUUCCCUGCCGUGGGAAUGUUCAUCUACACCCUGAUAUCCCAACCAUCCCAGUUAUUACAAUAACCUUAGAAAAUUCACAGCCACUGAUCUCUGCCUGCACUACCACCCCUAUGGCCUGACUGGUUCUGCCUCUCACACAUUUGCCUUCUUGAAUCCCUGAGAAACACCCUUCAAAGUUAAGUUUGUUCAUUUUGUUUGUUUUCCCUGAGAGCCACUGUGAUGUGUCUACAGUUGUGCUGGGCUCAAGGCAACUUGUUGAUCCUGGUGGCAGCUCCAGUGGCUGUCCCCACAACAGAGACAGUGCAGCAGGAAGGUUUCAUUUUAGGUUCCAAGCCACACUCCUGAACUCAUGUCUGUCAUUCUUCAGUUUUUGAGAAAUUUGACUUCUGGGAUGCCUGUUCACCUAGCCUUUCAGCAGCAGCAAAAAGUUAGACAUGUCCGGGCUCACUGGAUGCAUUUGUGUUAAUGCUUUUUGACCAGGCAGUUCUCCAAAACUUUAUCUUAUACUGCCAUAUAUCUCAAAGGACUCAACAUUUGUCUGGGUAAUAGUCUGUGUUUACGUAUUUGAAUCCUUGUGGCUCUCUGAGUUGAUUUUGUUUGUUUGUUUAGUGUUUUUUGUUGUUACUAGAGCACUCUCAGCUCUGGCCAUUGGUGGUGCUGGGGGAUUAAACCUGGAAACACAGAACUCAAGCAUGAAGACCAUUUGCACAUCCAUUUUACUAUUUCCUCAGCCCCUUGCCAGACCUGCCCCGUCAUCUCUUUUGACUCAUCCCCUAAAAGUGCACAUUUGAGAACCCUGAAAUCAGGUCCUUGCAUCACAUCUUCUGCCAGCAGAUCUGCAUGUGUGAGACAAGACUUCAACUGUUGUGGCGAGUGACUUCGAAUUUCCCCCUCCUUGCCCUAAAAUGAGUUUAUUUUAAAAGAUCCUGUGAUUCCCAGGAAGAGUUGACUAGUCACCCACAUGGGCACUGAGUGGUGAGGGCCGAUGGUUAGGACCAUCCAGGCUAGCAGACUAUGUGCCAGUGAUACACUAUCUCAAGGUGAUGAGUCUGGGCGCAAUACAGAAGCAGUGACUCCUGUUACCCACCCUGUCAGAACAGCUCUGAGCCAGAAAGCCUCAACUAUCUACAUCACAUAUCACUGUUGUGUUGGGAGCUGGAGACCAGUCGGUUAGGGUUAUGCUGCAGCAGGGGAGCUAUCUUGGUGGGUAGAGCACAGGAUUGCAUUGGUGAAGUCCUGGGUUCAUUCCCCCAUACUGUAUAGACCAGACGUGCUCAUAGUCUCUCACAAAAUGUUUUUUUUUAAAAGGAAAAGAACAUGCAAAUUAUAACCUUCUGGGUAAGGAGAUAAAACACAUGAUCAGGAGUGGCUCCCUCAGCAGCUGAGCAUCAGUUUGGAGAAAUAAACCCUCUGUUGUUUUGGUUAAAGGUGUGUUGUCAGUACACCUGCACAGAGGACAUCAAGCCACAGGAUUUACUAUUUACAGAUCCUGAAAUGGAGGUGGGGAAGUUUAGUGCAAAUGGCUCAGGCUGGGGAGACUGCCAGCCCAGGCCAGGAGAGAACAGGACAGAGGAGGGUAACAGGCAGCAGGCACAUGCCACACAGGGUGGGGGCUUCCCUUGCCCCCAGCAAUGCAAUGAAAAAGCCAGUUGUAACUUUUGACUUAAAGCCUGCUGUUAACCAGAAGCCUUAUCAAUGACAUUAACAGCACAUAUUUUCUGUCACAUGUAUUCUGUACUGGAAUCUCACAAGACAGUAAGGUAGGGGAGAAAUACUAUUAAGAAAAUCACAUGAGAACAUGUAUUUACAGUAUAUAUUUAUAAUGCUGUGAUGGGUCUAUCAGUACUGUGAACUUACACUGUCAUUUUACUAAACAGAUUGUCUUUCAGUACCUAUUAUAAAUGUUUCCUUAUGUAUUAGAAAAGGGUGUACCUUUCUGAUACUAUACAUCAUCAAAGAGGAAGAUAUGAAAAAAACUGCAUUUUUAUCUGCAGACAUAAUCAUGAUCACACAGAAGCAGCAGCAUUGUUUUAUGGUUGCUGAAUGCUACCCUCAAAACUGCUUUACAGCAGCCUGGCCUAUAACUAAGAAAUAAAUGGUGAUUUUUUUUUUAUAUAUGCCAUAGAGUGUUACAGUCAUAUUCAUGACAUUUUUCAUAUGCAUAUAUGUGAAAAGAUACAUAUUUCUAGACUAUGUGAUUCACAACUUUCCAAACUGUUGCAGAUUAAAAAACAGAAGCAAUAUAUUUCUUGGGAGAACAUGAACGAAAGUGGACCCAUUCAGUUCAAAGCCAUGUUGUUCAGGAGCCCACUGUACUCACAAUCCCCUUCCUUUUCACAGGCUCAAGUCUAAGAGUAUUUUAAAAGGUGCCUGGGGAAAAACAGGAAGCAGGGUGCUAAGCUCUAGUCCUUAUCUAAUGUCCAGGCUCUGGUAUAAACUUUGUUGUCACUGUAAAAUGCCCAGGCAGCAACUCCAAGUAGCUGUUUUUCUCACAACUGUACUUAAAAAAAGAUGUGUUGCCAUAAGCUCUCUAAUCCUGCGUCUUUCAAAAAGAAAAGAAAAGCUUGCUGUGCUUUUCUAAGAUGUUCAA